AUGGAGUUACAUAAAAAUUUUGUCAAAGAGGAACGAAACAUCAAGGUUUCUGUACAAAACCUUUCUAAAGCCAUAUCGAAGGAUUGGACGGAAGAAACAGUGAUAUUUACAAAAACAGAACAGGGAUCCAUGAUGGAUAGAAGUAAAAAUAGAUAUUCUGAGAAAAUUAAUGAAUCUCAAGAAACAAAUAAAAUACCUAUUCAAACAUCUAAAUCAACUGUCAACUUGAAUAAUACUCUUGGAGGAAAAUCCUACGUAUUGUCUUACAGCAUUAACAAUCUUUUAGAGUCAAACCGAUACGAAUGGGAAUCUGUUGGUGACAUUGAUACCCUGGGGUUACAGCAACUGUGCAGAAAUCAACUCAUGGUUUUACCUGUCACAGUGGAAGCAAGACCUUUUAAUAAGGACGCGAACAAUUUAUAUGGAUUCACAAGAAACAAUGCCAUUAUGCAUUAA